AUGUCGGGGCCGCGUUUUCAGCAUAGUGAUCAAGGCAAAUUUGCCAAACACUCUGUUAUAUCAGAUACAGAAAGCUCAGAUGAUUCAGAUAAAGAUAGUUUAAGUUGGAUUGACUCAUUUCUUGACCAACCAGGCAGUGAUUGGUUCUGCCGUAUUCCAGAAACAUAUAUCAACGACGGAUUUAAUGUAUACGGAUUAGGGCUUAAUGCUCCUCACGAAAAAUUAGCAUUUAAACAAAUACUUGGAAAAGUCUCUGAAUCAAGCGAUUCUUUUGAUUCAGAUAGCGAAGACGAGAUAGAAAAAUGUGCAGAAAAUCUAUAUGGUCAGAUACACGCAAGAUAUAUUUAUACAGACGAAGGAAUGAGCGAAAUGAUACAAAAAUUCAAGGAAGGAGUAUUUGGAAUAUGUCCAAGGUACUCUUGCAACGGGCAUCAUCUCCUUCCGAUAGGAUUAACAGAUAAGCCUGGAGUAAGUACUGUGAAAUUAUACUGUUGUCACUGCAAACAAUUAUACCAUCCAGAUCCGGAACACGCUGUGAUAGAUGGCGCCUUCUUUACAAGAAGUUUCCCGCCUUACUUGCUCUUAGAACUUUCUACGAAAGAUAAGAAAGGAGUUCAUCAGACAGAACCAUCGAUGUUUACUAGCGAGUCACAGUCAGCGGCUCGUGUGUUUGUGAAAUAA